UUGGCCUUGAAUUUUCAAUCCUGAUCCUCCUCCUUCCACCUCCCAAGUAAUGGAUUACAGGUGAAUGCCACCAUGCUGGACAAGAUCACUGUAAUAUGAAAGGGCAUAUUGUGUUUCACCAAAUGCUGGGCAUCAAUUCCCAGGAUUGAUGAUGGUUGGGGAAGACCGAUUUCUGUAAUCUAAAGUGCUAACCAGAGGGGGAUGCUUUGUGAACUUAAUUUUGGAUUGGUCUGUGCUUCCCAGGGAGGAAUUUGGGGAGCAUCAUAAAGCAUAGAAUUUAGUGCAACGCAUAGGCACCUAAACCUCUGUGUGGGAUAUGAAGCUUGCUUCCAGACUUGAGUCCCCGCCUCCCGGCAUGCCGGCCUCACCUGGUCCCCUCCACCCACAGCGCUUAAUGGUAGGGCCUGGUUCUCGCACUACCUCCCCCUUCUGGUAGGCGGAGUGGCUGGGCUCGAAGGUCCCGCCUCCCGGCCACGUGCGCGCUGCGGGGCUCGUUUUCCACUCUCGCGGGGAGUUUUUGUUUCCAUCUCCAAUCGGCUCGGCGCGCGGCUGGAUUCCAGGCGCCAUGGCUCCUCGCGGGAGGAAGCGGAAGGCCGAGGCCGCUGCCGUCUCCACGUCGGAGAAGCGGGAGAAACUGGAGAACGGCAAGGAACAAGUGGAGGAGGCGGUCGUCAUUGAGCAUUGCACUAGCUGACGCGUCUACGGGCGCAACGCCGCGGCCCUGAGCCAGGCGCUGCGCCUGGAGGCUCCGGAGCUUCCCGUGAAAGUAAAUCCUUCCAAGCCCCGGAGGGGCAGCUUCGAGGUGACCCUGCUGCGCCGAGACGGCAGCAGUGCCGAGCUCUGGACCGGGAUUAAGAAGGGACCCCCACGCAAACUCAAAUUCCCCGAACCUCAAGAAGUGGUGGAAGAGUUGAAGAAGUACCUUUCUUAGGGCCAUUUGGGCAGAAGUCCUCAUGCUGAGCUGUCUCUGGUGGUGUUGGAGCAUUUAUGAUGGGACAUGGCUAAACUUCAGUCAUGUACCUGAAGCCAUUUCUUCCACUCCAGAAAUGAUGAUACAGAUGAGGCAACCCUCUAGUAAGGCAUUGUAAAAAUAUUUGGUUUGUUUAAUAAAAGGUUAAAUAAAGUAUCUAAGAGUAAAAUUUAAUGUUGAUGGACAAA